UGCACGAGGUACUAAGUCGUGUUGGUAAGUAAGGCCGUAGUGAAGGUAAACAAUACCACUGAAAAACUUUCUCUCCCUUUACUUCCGGGUCAAGCCGACGUUUUGCACCAACACAAUAUGCAGAACUACGGAGGACCAGGCGGCUAUCCCCCACCAGGUGGCCCUGGGGGAUACCCUCCACCAGGUGGCCAGGGAUACCCUCCUGGUGGCGCUGGUUACCCUCCACCGGGAGGCGGCGGUUAUCCACCUCCAGCUGGUCAAGGGUUUCCUCCAGCAGGGGGCGCUGGCUACCCGGGAGUAGGUCCGGGGGCCCCACCUGCAGCUUACGGACAACCGGGGUACCCUCAUUCGGGUAUGCCUCCAAACCAAGGGUAUCCGGGGAUGCAUCCUGGAGGAAUGCAGCAUGGAGGGAUGCAGCCUGGAGGUAUGCCACCGGGUGGUAUGCCAUACCAGGGCGGCAUGCCUUAUCAGGGAAUGCCACAGGGAAUGCCACAAGGAAUGCCACAACAGAUGGGGGCAAUGUAUGGAGGUCCGCCAAUACACAACCCUCCCAUACCGUUCGUGACUCAAGUCCAGGGAGGCCUUUCCAUCGGGAGAAGCAUUGUCAUUAGUGGCAUGUCAAUCGCUGGCAGCGAGGGUCGAUUCGACAUUAAUUUUCAAGAGGACCCGUCUGGUGAAACCAUCGGCCUUCAUUUUAACCCCCGUGUCCAGACUGGAGCGGACAGCAAUGUCACCGUCCUCAACUCAAGGUCGGGAGGAAGCUGGGGAACGGAGGACAGGGGAGCACCGUACUUCCCGUUUGGGUUUAAUCAACAGUUCGAACUACGCUUCAUUGUGGAUCAAGAUAGAUUCAGGAUAUUCUCAAACAACAAACCGUUCUGCGAUUUCCCUCACAGACUGCACCCACCACAAAAGUUUGGAUGUAUCAGCAUCUCCGGGGACGUACAGAUCUACCAGAUCAGAUUAGAAUAGACUAGUAAUGUGAUACCUAGUCGUAUAUAAAUGGUUUAUACAAUGUAUACAUUUUAGUUAUACUAUUCAUGAAGGCGCUGAUUCACAUCAAGACAUUUAUUUAUUCACAACAGUUUUGUUAUAUUUGUACUGCAUAGGUUUUACACUUUGUUCAACGUUAGAAACUGUUUUAGUUAUCAUUUCCCCGGUAGCAAUAUCAGAGUUUACUCAAAGAUCCGCCAUACAUAUAUGUAUGCAAAUACAUUAUACUGUUUUAUUGAUAUAGAUAAUAUUUUCAAUACAUCUGUUGUUACGUCAUGAUCUACAAGAAACUUUAGUUUGAACCCCUUGUGGAAUUAGUGAUUUUCUUACGCGGCCUCUGCUUGGGGUCAAAACUCCACCACAAUAAAGAUGUUGCGCCAAUUUCAACAUUUGAAAUCCAAUUAUUUUCUUCCUUU